AUGGAAGCUGGCUCAUGCCAAGUCCAAAACUCAUCCUCGGAUAGCUCGUCAAAAUCUUAUGAUGAAUCACAUGUCGAACAAACUCCGGAAUCGCAAUCUAUUCCCAACACUCCUAAUUUAUCUGAACAGUCCUCAGAACAGAAUACAAACUUACAGAAAAUAAAAAUCCCUGAAAUAGACAUACAGCCUUUGAUAGAAGAAUUAAGAAUACAAGCUUUAUUGGAAGAUACUAUUAAAAUUGUUAAUGUAGAUGUCUCAGAGAGGCGAUCCGAAGG